UUCUCUUUCAACCGACGAGGUACGUGGUGUGUUGCGUUAAUUCUUUGCAAUAUUAUCCGCUUUAAUCUGUAAAGUUAGGACAUAUAUUCGCCAGAUAUUGCUAAAUUAUAUUCAGUAAACAGGAUUUGUAUUUAUUUCAGGCAAAAUGGGGCGUCGUCCGGCUCGGUGUUAUCGGUAUUGUAAAAACAAGCCGUACCCAAAAUCUCGUUUCUGUCGUGGUGUUCCCGAUCCAAAAAUCCGUAUCUUUGACCUUGGAAGAAAAAGGGCGGAUGUCCGGGACUUCCCACUAUGCAUGCAUAUGGUGUCCGAUGAACUUGAACAACUGAGUUCCGAAGCUUUGGAGGCCGCGCGUAUCUGUGCCAACAAGUAAGUUCGAGGUUGGAAUAAUUGUGUUUUUUUCUUUGUAUAUUUUUUAGCUUUUUUGUCCCGCACUUCAUAUGUAUUUGGUAACUUUACUUAAAUCCUCAGAUUGCAGACCGGAAUGAGAGGAGCUUACGGUAAACCACAAGGGUUGGUUGCUCGUGUUAAGAUUGGUCAACCAAUCAUGUCUAUGCGAUGCAAGGACAGUGCACGUGCUCAUGCUAUUGAAGCGCUACGUAGAGCUAAGUUUAAGUUUCCUGGGCGUCAGAAGAUCUAUGAUUCACCAAAGUGGGGAUUCACCAAAUGGAACCGGGAAGAUUACGAGCGUAUGUUAGCUGAAGGCCUUCUCAUCCCUGAUGGUGUCUCAUGUCAAUACAAACCUAACAAGGGAAAACUUGAUCUGUGGAAAAAACGACAGUAACCGUUCUUCGCUGUUAAUAAAAUAUCACAGAUUUCA